UCAAGACUCGUCUGAUAUUCAUAAUUCCAAAGACUUGUCAAGUCACAAGUAUACUAAACGUACAUUUUUAAACAAUUUAUUAGUCAAAGAAGGAUAUAAUGUGAAAAUAAGAGAUACAUUUCUUGAUCAGAGAUGGAAUUAAUUUUUAGUUUAGUGUUUAAAGGAAGACUGGGGUUGUAUUUAGCACCAGUUCUGAACUUCAUUUAAAUUUCCUCUCAAAAAGGACAGAGUUAAAGUAAAGAAGAAAAUAAAUGUGAAGAAAACUAUUUUGAACAGGAGUUUUAAUUUGAAAAUUUCAAAAGACAGUUAUAUUUCAUAAUUAAUCUGAAAACGGAGAAGUGAAGUUUUGGAGUUACUCUCCAUACUAAAGUGUUACAGAUGCAAAACUGAUCAGACAGAUGCACAUAGGGGGUAUAAUAAAAUGUGCCCUUGAUAAAAAGAUACUGUGAAACCGAGAAUUGUGCCAGAAAAUUUCUCCUACACUAUUAAAAUAUCUGACCAAAUGACCUUGAACAUUGAGCAACCUGACCCUUAACAAAAAUGUCUGACAAUUACUAAAACAAAUCCUUUUGUGAGAGCUGACAAUACGUGUAACAGGGGCUGUUAUUAAGAAGGUAAAAUGCAAACAAGACCAGAAAGCAAGGUUGGGCCAAUAUCUGGCCAAGGACAAUAACAGCACUCCAUAUUCUUUUAAAUAAGCUAAAAUCAUCAUUCUGAAACUGCAAUGGUUGGGGAAAAAAUGAGUCGAGAACAUUUUUUUUGCUGAAGUUUGCAAGCCCAAUAGGCAAUAAACUGUAUAGAAAGUAGCUUUUCCAAAACCCAGGGGCCAAUUUAUUCAAGGGUAUUAAACAUUGACUUGUAUUUUUAACAUUUCAGAACUGAACUGAGUGUUAAGGAACCUUGGAAAAAUGCAGCUGUUUGGCUAGGAUACAAGGUGCAAUAUUUCCAACAUUGCAAAUAUUAGCAACAGAUAAAUUGCUAAGAACAAAAAUUUAUUCUGAAACUUCUGGUGCAUAACCAAUAUAUUCAGAACAUCACAAAGAUUAGUGAAAGAAACUGCUGGGAAAUUAAUAUUCAGAAAAAAUGAAGUGCAAGAAGACCACAUCAGAAAUCUGUAAGACAUGGUAUGGACCAUCAGCUGAAUCAGGGACUGUCUUGAAAUUAAAGGAAUGGGAUGAUCAACUGUUGAUAGGCUGCCAACAGAUGGUGACAGGUGCUUAUGCCUUAGUACCUAGAUGACUCUAUAAGGAUGAACAAGGUUCAAUUUCUGCAUGAAACUGAAGACAUGCAACUGACAUGUGCCCAUUGUCAUGACAGACUUGUAAAACCUGUACAAACAAAAAAUGGACACAGGUUCUGUGAGGACUGCUUCCUCAAGAAAAGAACCAGUGACAAAACAUGCAAGAGAUGUGUCGAGGACGACAUUAAGCCAAUGGAAGAUUGUAAUAGAUUAGGCUUGAAGGACUGCUUUGGUGACAAGGCAGUUGUGUUUGACAUGUACAAAAUGAAGGCCAAAUGUAUAACCUGUCGCCGUCGUGGCACUUAUCGUGAAAUCAUGAAGCUGCACGAAAGAGAUGGUUGCAAGAAACCAUGUUGCCCCUGUGUGCUGCAAUAACAGGGACAGUCAGUUACAGUGUCAGAAGCUUAGCACUAUUGUUUGUGAGAUGACAACUACACCUCUUGUUAAACAACUGAUUGUAGUGACUUGUGAAUGAUGCUCACCGACUUGUGUAUAAACAUUUAAAAAAUCUUUACAACAAACUACAAUUAUAUAAAAUAUUG